GAGAAGGCGUCUCAUUUUAUUGGACAGAGGGGUCCUCGCACGCAGUAGCAGUCUGGAGAUCGUAACGUGUUUGUGUUUUCAAUUUAUGACGGGUUUACAAACGUUGUCAGUUGAGAACUUAACAUUGAUGGUGAUCGGUUAUUUAUUUGUUUUUUCUUUUCUUGCCGUGGGCAUUUCUGAUAUCGAAUAGGGUCGUGUGACAGCUUGCUGCCAUGGGUCGUUCCUCCAAAGACAAACGGGAUAUUUACUACCGGCUCGCUAAAGAGGAGGGCUGGCGCGCCCGCAGUGCCUUCAAGCUGCUGCAGCUGGAUGAGGAGUUCAACCUCUUUAAAGGUGUGCGGCGAGCGGUGGACUUGUGCGCGGCUCCGGGAAGCUGGAGCCAAGUUCUGAGCCGAAAACUGAGAGGGGAGGAGCAGGAGAAGGAGCAGGAGAAGGAGCAGGAGAAGGAGCAGGCCAAGAUCGUUGCUGUCGAUCUUCAGGCCAUGGCUCCACUCCCGGGAGUGACACAGAUCCAGGGCGACAUCACCAAGACUUCCACAGCCCAGGAAAUAAUCAAGCACUUUGAGGGGCAGCCUGCUGACCUUGUGGUUUGUGACGGUGCCCCUGAUGUGACUGGACUACAUGAUGUGGAUGAGUACAUCCAGGCCCAGUUGCUGCUCGCUGCUUUGAACAUCACCACUCAUGUCCUGAAAUAUGGAGGAACUUUUGUGGCAAAGAUAUUCCGUGGAAAGGACGUCACCCUUCUGUACUCCCAGCUCAGGAUUUUCUUUGGCGAGGUCACAUGUGCCAAGCCUAGGAGCAGCCGCAACUCGAGCAUCGAAGCCUUUGUGGUGUGUCAGAGGUAUGCCCCUCCCGAGGGCUACGUCCCCAACAUGUCCAACCCCCUGCUGGAUCACUGCUAUGAUGUGGAUUUUAACCAGCUUGAGGGACCAAACCGGGUCAUUGUGCCGUUCCUGGCCUGCGGGGAUCUUAGUGCCUUUGACUCGGACCGGACCUAUCCCCUCCAGCUGGACCCCAGUAAGGAAUACAAAUACACACCCCCCACCCAGCCUCCGAUUCGACCGCCCUAUGAGCAGGCCUGUCGUCUGCGCAAGAGCAACCUGCUGGCCAAUGAGAACUCUCCCAGUCUUCCAUUGGAUGAAGGGUUUUCUUCCCUUCACCUCUCAGCCAAUCAGGAUGCAGACGUGAGACCCCCAGCUGGAACAGCCGAGGAUGGUGGAAAGCUGGAUGAUAAGUAAAUAGGACAGUGACUUAAUUCUGCUCGUGUGCCUGAGGACUUGAGGCCAACUGCUCAUGGACAGAGUCUUGCUUGGUUUUAAAAAGAAUCAGACCUGCAAAAUAAUGGACAUAUUUCUUGGGGAAAUUGGAGUUUUAUCUGUUGUUUAUCGUUUUAUAGAGUAAAUAAAAUUUCCAAGAAUGAA